AUUGAUGGGUCAUGUGAGAUGUGGGCCCGAAAAUUGCGGGCUCACAAUUGCAGAAUUGGAAAAUAAAUCGGCCCCUCGAACUUUCUCAGCAACCCGAUAUCACGACUAGAACUAAGAAGAGUCUUUCUCCGCCCAACUUGCGGUUAAAAUUGAUUGGCAUCUCUUGUUCUCCAACAACCUCACAAAUCAUCCAAAAUGAAGCACCUCGCCGCUUACCUCCUGCUCGGCCUCGGCGGCAACGCCUCCCCCUCGGCCGCCGAUGUCAAGGCCGUCCUCGAGUCUGUCGGUAUUGAGGCUGACGACGAGCGCCUUGAGAAGCUCCUGUCCGAGCUCGAUGGCAAGGACAUCAACGAGUUGAUUUCUGAGGGCUCUUCCAAGCUCGCCUCCGUCCCGUCGGGCGGUGGUGGUGGUGCUGCCGCCGCUGGUGGCGCCGCUGCUGGCGGUGCCGCUGAGGAGGCUCCCAAGGAGGAGGCCAAGGAAGAGGAGAAGGAGGAGUCCGAUGACGACAUGGGCUUCGGUCUCUUCGACUAAGCACCUCGCCACAAUCGCAAGAAAAUCGAUCAUGUGGUUAUUUCCGAAGCAGCCCAACCAUGCAUGCGCAUACUCGCGGAAUUUCUCGCGUCACCGUUGUGUGGGUCGUGGUGUUGGACUUGUGGAAUAUCCAAGCCCAUGCUGCCGCCAGCGCGGAGUACCAUAAGUACGAACUUAGCAAUAAAGUGCGGAGGUCGCUUCGGAUA